AUUUAGUUAUUUAUCUUGCUAACUGUAGGUCGUUGAUUUAUCAUAUCACACUGUUGUGAAGUAACUUUGUAAUUCGUGCAAGAUGACGGAAAAAGUAGCUAUUGUUACUGGUUCAAAUAAGGGUCUAGGAUUUGCAGUAGUGAAGGGACUGUGUCAAAAAUACGCCGGCACAGUUUAUCUAACAGCAAGAAACGAAACACGAGGCUUGGAAGCUGUCAAGAAAUUAAACGAAGACGGUCUCAAACCAGAAUUCCACGUACUAGAUGUGUGUGACAGUGACAGCAUUAAGAAUUUUGCUAAUUAUAUCAAAACAAAGCACGGAGGAUUCGAUGUACUAGUGAAUAACGCAGCAAUUUUAGAAUGGGACGAAGUUUACCCAAGUUACGAAGCAGCUAAAAGAAAUAUAAACUGUAACUAUAGAAGUCUACUAAAACUCGAAGAAUAUUUAUAUCCUUUACUAAGAGAUAAUGGCAGGGUCGUGAAUAUUUCCAGUGCAUGCGGUCAUCCAUCAAAUAUAAAAAACAAACACUGGAUUGACACCUUGGUAAACAAGGAUGUCACCACAGAUGAUAUAAAUAGUUUCGUUGACGGUUACUUAGAGAGUGUGCGAAACGGAACGUUCAAUAUGAAUGAUUUCGCUGACGAAGGAAAACAUGCUGAGCAUAGAGUAUCUAAAAUUGCUCUCACAGCAUUAACUAUGGUACAACAGAGGAAAUAUUAUAAGCGUAAUAUUUCUAUUAAUGCAGUGGAUCCGGGGCAUAUAAAGACCGAAAUGGCACAAGGAGGAGGAGUCCUAGAACCUGAUGAAGCUGCUAAGGCGGUUCUAUACUUGAUUUUAGAGGCGUCACCUAAUUUGAAAGGUAUUUUUAUGGGGCAAGAUAAGAAAUUAAUAGAUUGGUACGAUACUGAAGGUGAUUAUUACUGUAAAGGCAUCUGGUAAUAUUGCCAGCCUAUUAUCCACUGUCUCGUUUAAAGGUGCUAUUUUGUUACUCACAGAUAAUAUGAUAUGAACUUAUUUCUCUUUAAUCGUUCGGAAAAAUUAAACAAAAAUUAAGGUCAAUAAAUGUAAUCUGGAUCUAA